AUGUUGUUUACUUAUUUAGUUUGGAUUAUUGAAGCUCUAGAAACAACGGACCCCAGGACCUGUCAUUAUGAUGCAACGGCUGUGCCGCUCUUCCUGUAUGUUGGUGGUUUAUUUUACUAUCUUUAUUACUUUUGGCCAUCUCGUACAUUCUUGUGUACUAGAGUAAAGCGUAUUAUCAGGAGGCCAGUGCUUGCGGAUCUGUUCUUUGCAGAUAUUUUAACCUCAUUUUCUAAGUGCACAUGGUUGCACUUUUCUCCUCCUUUAAAAGAAUUGGAAUCUCGUGUCUUAGAAGUGGUACCACCUCCUACUUGGUUGAGCGUUGUGAAACAGGUUGGGCAGCUUAGCCUCAUCUUUUUGUCUCGGAUGUACUACAGGAGUUCUCCACAGGUCUGGUCUAGUUACUACCAGCCUGCAUGGAUUGGGGUGUUGAUUGCUCUUAGUGUUUUCUCGAUCUACUCGGAUCUCUUCAUAGAUUGGAACCUUGGGAUAUCAAACUGGCUGUUUGGAGCACCUACAGUGACUACUCAGAUCUUCACCGGGGCACGACGAUGGUGGUACUAUGGCUUCAUAGUAUUGGAUAUCUUCUUUCGGGUGAGCUGGGCAUGGCGUUUCUCAGAUCUUCAGAGCAUUUGGCUUCCAUUCGCUUUGUCACUUGUAGAGAUUUUUAGACGAGCCAUGUGGUUUCCUCUGAGAAUCGAGGGCUGGCAGGUUUCGCUCAGUAUUGGACCCAGAGGUGCUGCAGCUGCAGGGGGAGUGAUUGAGUUACCACCUACAGGUGCUGCUGUGGGAGAGGUUGAGUUACCUCCUGCAUUGUAG